CCCUCACACAGUACAUCCCAUCUCAUUACCAACAGAGCCUGAGCUAGGACACCGACCGACCAAGAAGAUGCAGAUCUUCGUGAAGACCCUCACGGGGAAGACUAUCACCCUCGAGGUGGAGUCUUCUGACACCAUCGACAAUGUCAAGGCAAAAAUUCAGGAUAAAGAAGGUAUCCCUCCGGAUCAGCAACGUCUUAUCUUUGCUGGCAAACAGCUUGAGGAUGGACGUACGUUAAGCGAUUACAAUAUCCAGAAAGAAUCCACGCUUCACCUCGUCCUUCGCCUCCGCGGCGGCAUUAUUGAACCCUCUCUUAAGGUCCUCGCUUCCAAAUACAACUGCGACAAGCAAAUCUGUAGAAAAUGCUAUGCGAGACUUCCUCCUCGUGCGACGAACUGUAGGAAGCGAGGGUGUGGACAUUCGUCCCAGCUUCGUCCAAAGAAGAAGCUGAAGUAAUCAAUUGUCAUGUUGCCCGCCACCCACUCGCGAUAUGUUUGGGUGCUUUCCGUG